CAUCUAUAUUCGGCCGUGAAGACUCUAUCUAUUCAAAAAUUGAUCCUCUAGCAAGCCAAAUCAUUAGUGAUGACUCUAAACUCGUAGAAGAAUUGCCGAAAAAUCUAAAAAAGGCGUUUAUGAAACCCGCUCGACUGAUGAAGCCCAUUCUUAUACCAAAGGUCAAAGAAAUGUGUGAGGAAUUUGUAUCAAAUGUCAUUAGUCAUGGUUACCAGAAUGCGCCACCUGAAAAACUUAUACAUAAUGGAAUUUGGAAAGAAUCAGACGAGAAAAUAUCGGACAUUGCGAAAGAACUUUUUUCCCUUCUCGAAGACAUUUGGAAUAAUCCAAUCUUUAGUUCUGAACUUGCAAAAUCGUUGAAUGAAGGCACCUACCAAUUGACAAUCAUUUUAUUAUCAAUUCAGAAUGUUCACGAUUAUACUGCACUCAGCAAAAAGAUAGAUGAUGAGGUAAAGUUAUGGCGCGAGACAAAUGACGGUAUGUAUUAUGUUCGCAAAGUUCUUAAACCAGACAAAAAUCAAUUUGGAGUAGUUGGAGCGCAAGUAGCGGGAAAUAUGUUACAUCUGAACGUUCUUGUCAGAGAUAGAGCUAAUGUGCAUCGAUAUUACCAUUUACAAUCUGCUGAAAUUCCUGUACAAUUAUCUGAUGCAAAAGUU